AAAACAAACAUUUUAGCCUAUAAGGGACAAAAAGAAUCCACCCUAAAGACUACUAGUAGACCCAGGAACCCCACUGUGGGAACCCGUGUGACAUAUUUGAAUGUUUUCUAGUUGUAUAUAAUUGGCUGGCAGGGAAAACACCCCCCACCCACCACCCACCACCCCUGACCUGCUGCGAAGUAAAACGUCACCGGAUCCACUCCACGUUUUUCCCUGCGCCCUUAUUAAGAGCUGUGUGGGAGAAUUAGAGGAAAUAACAAGGCACAACAAACAAGAGGGGCGUGCAGAAUAACAGGAAAACGUUGCUAUUUGUUGACUGAAUGGGGAGAAAUGUGAUGGAAAAGGAGAAAGCAGGACGUAUUUGUCUUUCUGCUGCUGCUUCUGCUGCUGCUGCGUUCCCGGAGCAUCAUCUGCAGCUUCACCGGAGGAUGCUGCAUCUCUCUCGCCUCUCUGCUCUCCUCUGCUCCUAAUCUGUGCAGCAGUCUCCUCAGUUGCAUCCCGCUGUGAGGAAGAUGAUGGCUGGAAGAUGAUGUGCGAGCAGGCUUUUCUGGAAGCAGAAAGGUUGACUGAACGUUGAGAAGGUUUUCUCUGAGCAAUCUGCAAGGAUUUUUUUUUUUUUUUGCGCGCCGUCCUCUUCAGUCGCAGACUUCUGUUAGACGCAAAGGAAGGAAAAAAAGAGACCGACUUGAUAAUCUUAAAUGAUUUAACAGUAUCUGUUCCUCAACAUCAACAUAUGCUGGUGUCUUUGCAUGAUCUUAAUCCCCGGUUUGAAGUGGCGGAUGAAAGCCGAUGGCCAGGCGCACCAAAUAUCCUCAGAAGGGGGAUGCAACCUAAAAUCACCAAAUGGUGCCAAAUGCUCUCCACAAACCACAAAACCUCAAAGGGAACCCUGAAUCUGUGACACGCACGACUCUCCUCCUGCGACUUUUUUAAUGGCUUUUGUCUUCAGAAGAUGGAGGGUUUUACUGGUGCUGAACGUGCUCGCGUUUGCUGGGUUCAUGACUUUCUGGGCCAGGUGCAACACACGCAGUGCACAAGCCGCCGUCGGUGCAGAGGCGCCUGCAGACUGGACGAGGCCCAGGGGCAACGGGACGACGGCUCAGGGGCCCAGCAUCAGCAUCAGCCACGAGGGGCUGCUGAAGAGGCUCCGCUCGCUGGAGGAUGUGGUCUACAGGCAGCUAAACGGUCUGUCCAAAUCUCUGGGCCUGAUUGAGGGCUUCGGGGGUCGGGGUAAAGGCGGCCUCCCUGCCACGUUGUUGCCAGCUGAGGAGAGCGACGCUAAAUACAUGAGGGAGAAGUACGGCUACAACGCCUACCUCAGUGACAGAAUCUCUCUGGACCGGACCCUACCGGACCACCGGCCCAGCAAAUGCAAAAAGGUCACCUACCCGAGAGAUCUCCCCCAGAUCUCCAUCAUCUUCAUCUUCGUCAACGAGGCUCUGUCAGCGAUCCUGCGCUCAGUCCACACAGCUGUCAAUCACACGCCGGCUCACUUGCUCAAAGAAAUCAUCCUGGUGGACGACAACAGCGAUGACGAGCAGCUGAAAGGACCACUGGAGGAUUAUGUCAACAAGCGCUACCCCGGCCUAGUGAAGAUCGUUAGGAACCAGAAGAGAGAGGGACUUAUCCGAGCCAGAAUUGAGGGCUGGAAGGCGGCCACCGCCGAGGUGACGGGAUUUUUUGACGCCCAUGUGGAGUUCACCCCAUUCUGGGCCGAGCCGGUUCUGGCCAGAAUAAAAGAGGACCGCACGAGGAUUAUUCUGCCUUCCAUCGACAACAUCAAGCACGAAUCAUUCGAGUCGGAGCCCUACGGGAACUCAGGCCAUGGCUACAACUGGGAGCUGUGGUGCAUGUACAUCAGCCCGCCCAAACAGUGGUGGGACGACGGGGACACAUCUGCUCCCAUCAGGACUCCCGCCAUGAUUGGCUGCUCCUUCGUGGUCAACCGCGUCUAUUUCGCUGAGAUCGGCCUGCUCGACUCAGGCAUGGACGUCUAUGGAGGGGAGAACAUUGAACUGGGCAUCAGGGUGUGGCUAUGUGGAGGCAGUAUGGAGGUGCUGCCUUGUUCCAGGGUGGCUCACAUCUCACGGACAAAGAAACCCUACCACAAUAACAUAGCUGUCCACGCACGGCGUAACUCUCUACGCGUGGCUGAGGUCUGGAUGGAUGAGUACAAGUCCAGCGUCUACAUGGCCUGGAACAUCCCUAUGGAGAACCACGGUAUUGAUUACGGAGACAUCUCUCAGAGGAUUGCGCUGAGGAAGAGACUGCAGCGUAAGAGCUUUGAGUGGUACCUCGACAAUGUUUACCCAGAGAUGAGGAGGUACAACAACACGCUGUUCUACGGCGAGAUGCGUAACUCUAAAGCCAGCCACCUGUGUAUGGAUCAGGGUAAGAAGGAAAACCAUUCGGCCACCAUUUACCCCUGCCAUGGAUGGGGUCCUCAGUUGGGACGUUUCACCAAAGAGGGUCAGCUGUUCCUGGGCGCUCUGGGCAGCACCGGGGAGGAGACUCAUUGUGUGGUGGACGAUCAGAUCAACAAGUCUCCUCAGCUCCUCAACUGUGACAAGGUGACCAACGUGAAGCAGAAGUCAUGGCAUUUCUCUCAGAAUGAAUCAAUCAUAAACUUUGCUACGGGACGCUGUCUGGAGGUGUUGCCGGCUAACGUCGACUUCGGCCACCUGCUUGUCCUACAGCCGUGCUCCGGGCAGAAGUGGACCAUCAAGAACACCAUGAAGCCGUAGUCGACUGGCCAAUUUCACUGGGACCAAUGACACCAGACGCCAUUUUCAAGAGCGGUCACCUGGCCUCAGCUCAGCCGAGGGACAAGUGAUGAGGCAGAGGCUCCUCAUCUUCUGAAGAAAAGACAGAGAUAGUUUAAAACAGAAAUGAGCAUUGAACAUCUCAGUGAUACUCGGUUUGUUAAAAAUGGUGGAUUUUUACAAACUGGACAUUCAAAAUGACGUUUAGCAUGAGGACUGUUUCUUUCUCCAGCCGAACUGACAAACUUUUGAUGUGACGUUGCCAUAAUUCCUGUGCCACUUCUCUACAAUGUUUUUAGGUUUGAGGACGGAGAUUUGAUCAUCUUUUGUCUUGUGUGGGGUAAAAAAUUAAGGUUUCUAUCUUCAUCCGCACAAUGUGUCGGCAUUAUUUCGUUCUGUUUCAUGUUAUGUCUUUGAAGAUGUUUAAAAAAAAUAAAACACCUGGAAUUAAAUUUUCAGUUAUAUGCAAUGAUCAGAAUUCAUUGGUAGUUUGUAAUAGGCUUCAUUAGUGGUUCUCUACUUUUUAGCUUCUCAAAAUGAAGGAGUGCCUACUUAUGACAGGCAUGAAUUUGAGUUAAACAUUAAUGCCCAAAGUUGAUUUUUUUUUAUUUUAUUGAUUUGAUUUUAUUAGUAUAUAAGCCUAAACCCUGUAAAUAUCUAUAAUUUGAAGGAAAAGGCAUUAACAAGAACAUUUACUGUAUCAGAGCCUGUUUGUUUUUUAGUUAUUGUAGAUCAUCUCAAAAAUCUAAUUGUUGAGGGCUACUGGGCUAAAUCAUGGUUUUAUAUGUUGUGGAUGCAUUUGUCUUUUUAUUGUCAUUUUUACUCAAAACAUUUGAUAGCACCAAAUUUCAUUACAUCUUGUAGCAUGAUUGUAAGUACUGUAUGCACAUGGGGACAAAGUUUAGUUGAGCUGAGCCGAUUUAUUCUGUUAACUGCUGCGUGCCAUAACUACUGCAGAUGGCCAAAACUAACAGGCUGCAGCCUGAAGCACUUUUUUGGACAGAACUGCAGACUAUGAGAGGAAGAUGGAAUCAGGAAUGGAAAAGUGCACAAGUGUAUUGAUUGUGGAAAUGCUGGUGGCCUUUGAGGCGGGAAUUAUUAUUGUAUCAAGAUGUAAAUGAUGUCAUGAAUUCAAUUAAUUCUAUUUUAUCAGCUGGAUUUUUGCUCUCAAGAUUGUCUUCCAAUAAACAACUGGUUUCCUGGUU